AACCUCAUUCCAAUGUUAAGCAACAACAACAACAAGCAUUCACUCUGAGAGAUAGAGAAAGAGAGAGAAGCACAAACCACAAAGGCUCCAACUUUGGCACUUCCUCGUGCAUAGUUUUUUUGGCUUUGGCUGCUACUAGUGUACAAAAAAAUCCAACAAACAAGGGUUUCUUCUUCAACUAAUGGAGCAUGUCGCCGUUAAAACAUUGACUCACUCUUCGAAUCUAUCAGAAAUCAUGUCCAAGUUCGCUAAAGUCUGCAAAUUUAGAUCCAUCGGUGUGUUCUCUGACCAGAAAUCGAAUUCAAACGACCUCUGUGAAGUAGAAAUCUUGGUAGAUGAUGAUAAAGCCAAGGGAACUGAGGUUUGUGAUACCAUCAACCACAAACCCUCGAGAAAGAUUCAAACUUUUAGUUGGGAUGAUGAUGAGAUUUCGAAGCUGUUCGACAUUGUUUCAUCGCUUAAGCUAGCUUACAUUGAGUUUCAACAAGCUCAUUUGCCUUAUGAUCCUGACAAGGUCAUUGAAGCAGAUAACCUCGUCGUGUCUCAGCUCGAGGCUUUACGCAGAAUCAAGCGUCUUUACCUCAAAAGGAAACAGCUUGAUGCAAAGAAGGCAGAGAUUGCUGCUUCUUGUUUAGAUCGUUUGAGAGAUGAAAUCGAAGUGAAUGAGAAGUAUUUGGAGAAACUUAAGGCGCAAGUGAAAACUAAAGAGAGUGAGAUUCACUCUUUGAAGGAGAAGCUAGAAUGUUUGGUUGCAGAGAAUAGGAGACUCCAGGAUAGGUUUGUGAGUGUUUCUUCCUUUGAAUCCGCGUUUAGAGCUGCUUCUAAGUCGGUUCAUGACUUUGCUAAGCCAAUGAUCACUUUGAUGAAAGCUACAGAAUGGAAUAUGGAUAAAGCAGUGGAAGCUAUUGUUGGAAAUGUAAUGUUUGCUAAAAAGUCAGAUAAGAAGUAUGCUUUUGAGUCAUACAUUGUUCAGAGAAUGUUUCACGGCAUAAAGCUUAACCCGUGUGAUGUGACAGAACUAAUGAGCCUUGAUGAUCCAUUGGAUGUGUUAACAGCGUUUCCACACUCAGCGUUUUCAAGAUUCUGCGGUCAGAAGUAUCUUUUAGUUGUUCAUCCGUCCAUGGAGGCUUCUUUCUUUGGGAAUUUAGAUAUGAGGGGACUAGUUUUGCUCGGUAAGCAUCCAAGAACAAUGUUUUAUCAAAUCUUUGCAAGAAUGGCAAAGUGGGUAUGGAUUCUUGGAUCAUUUGCAGCUUCCUUGGAUCUUAAAGCAAAGAUCUUUGUGGUCAGAAGAGGAACCAGAUUCUCAGGUGUCUACAUGGAAUCUGUUGUUGUGGGUGAUGACAAAGAAGAAGGACAAGACGAUUCAAGCGUCGAGUUCAUCACAAUGCCAGGGUUUAAAAUUGGAGAUUCAGUGUUUAAGUCUCAGGUUUACCUUUCUAAGACAAAAGGGUAAAAAAACCUCUCUGCAGAUUUGGUUAUUUCGAUAGUGUCAGGUAAAGAGCUCUCUGUUUUUUUUUUAAAGUUUUGUAGGUAAGUAUAAUAACUUUUUGUCCAAGGAUCAUUUAGUUUGGUUUGUAUCUUUGUUCACAUUCAAGUUUUGGUCUAUAGUUAAUAAUA